GAAAAAAAAAAUAUCGUUGAGGUCGUCGUGUUAAAUAUCAUAUUUUAGUUUAACAAAUUCGUCUCUGUUUAGCUAACCAUUUUCCUUUGCAGUGUACGAACCCUAAUUUCUAGUACGGAAUUUCAUCUUCUGUAAGCUUCUCAGAAAUAACAUGGGAGAAACAAGGGACACCGAGGCUUACGAGGAGGAGCUUCUCGAUUAUGAGGAGGAGGAAGAGAAAGUCCCUGAUCUUGUUGCUGCUAGAGUCAAUGGCGAGUCCGCCAAGAAGGGCUAUGUUGGCAUACACAGUUCCGGAUUCAGAGACUUCUUGUUGAAACCAGAGCUUCUCCGGGCCAUCGUCGACUCGGGAUUUGAGCAUCCUUCUGAAGUUCAACAUGAAUGCAUCCCUCAAGCCAUCUUGGGCAUGGAUGUCAUCUGCCAAGCUAAAUCUGGAAUGGGGAAGACGGCGGUUUUUGUUUUAUCUACACUACAGCAAAUUGAACCUACUGCUGGCCAAGUUAUUGCUCUUGUUCUAUGUCAUACUAGGGAGUUGGCAUACCAGAUUUGUCACGAGUUCGAGAGGUUCAGCACAUAUCUACCUGAUACAAAGGUUGCUGUUUUUUAUGGCGGUGUUAAUAUCAAGAAUCACAAAGAUUUGUUGAAAAAUGAAUGCCCACAUAUUGUCGUCGGCACACCUGGAAGGAUACUGGCACUGGCAAGAGAUAAAGACCUCUCUUUGAAGAAUGUGAGGCAUUUUAUCCUUGAUGAAUGUGACAAGAUGCUUGAAUCACUUGACAUGAGGAGAGAUGUCCAGGAGAUCUUCAAGAUGACUCCACAUGAUAAGCAAGUUAUGAUGUUUUCUGCAACACUCAGCAAAGAUAUCCGCCCGGUUUGCAAAAAAUUUAUGCAAGAUGUAAUGUCCUAUGGCCAGUUCUACUUCAAUUUAGAAGUCUUAUCUAUUAAUAUUGCCAAAUUUCUUCAACCUAUGGAAAUUUACGUUGAUGAUGAAGCCAAGUUGACCCUCCAUGGUCUCGUGCAGCACUACAUCAAAUUGACUGAGCUGGAAAAGAACAGAAAGUUGAAUGAUCUUCUCGAUGCACUGGACUUUAAUCAAGUUGUUAUCUUUGUAAAAAGUGUGAACAGAACAGCUGAGCUGAACAAGUUGCUUGUAGAAUGCAAUUUUCCAUCAAUUUGCAUUCAUUCUGGCAUCUCACAAGAGGAAAGGCUGACACGCUACAAGGGAUUCAAGGAGGGUCAUAAAAGAAUUCUUGUGGCCACAGAUUUAGUUGGUCGGGGAAUUGAUAUUGAGCGGGUCAAUAUUGUUAUCAAUUAUGACAUGCCGGAUUCUGCCGAUACUUAUCUGCACAGAGUCGGUAGAGCUGGUAGAUUUGGCACCAAGGGGCUUGCAAUUACGUUUGUUUCAUCUGCUUCGGACUCUGAUGUUCUAAAUCAGGUUCAGGAGAGGUUCGAGGUGGAUAUAAAGGAGCUUCCAGAGCAGAUAGAUACAUCUACAUACAUGCCGUCGUAAUAGAAGGGCUCAAGAAGCAACAACCUGAAGGUUUGGAGGCAAAAACUGUAUUGGCGCUAGAGGCCGUUAUAAUGUAUGUUAUAAUCUGUUGAAGUGAUCGUGUAGCAUGUGUAUUGGUAUUUAGAAUGCAAACGCUCCAUUUCAUUAGUUUCCGGUUACUCGGAUAAACGAGAACUCUUAGUUGCCCUGCACAUGGGCAAUAGAGUAGACUUAAAUUUUAGUUUGAGUUUAUAGUUGACAUGGAUUUGGUAUAGAUCCAUUGAAUUGAGUUGUCUUGGUUAAUUUGAAUUGAGAUAUUUAAAUCAAAUCCAUUGUGUA